AUGGAGUUGCUCGCGCUGGUGACCGUGCUCCUCCUGGCGCACGCCGUGGCGUACCUGGCGUGGACGGCGGCGGCGCGGCGGCGGCAGUCGCGGUGCUACCUCAUCGACUACGUGUGCCACAAGCCGGCGGACGACCGGAAGGUGAGCACGGAGACGGCCGGGGCGGUGAUCGAGCGGAGCAAGCGGCUGGGCCUGCCGGAGUACCGCUUCCUCCUCCGCGUGAUCGUGCGCUCCGGCAUCGGCGAGGAGACGUACGGCCCGCGGAACGUGCUCGACGGCCGGGAGGACGCGCCGACGCACGCGGACGCGCUGGAGGAGAUGGAGGCCUUCUUCGGGAGCUCCAUCGACGAGCUGUUCGCCAAGACCGGGUUCGGGCCGCGCGACGUCGACGUGCUCGUCGUCAACGUGUCCAUGUUCUCGCCGGACCCGUCGCUGGCGUCGAUGAUCGUGCGCCGGUACGGGAUGCGGGAGGACGUGGCGGCGUACAGCCUCGCCGGGAUGGGGUGCAGCGCCGGGCUGAUCUCGCUGGACCUGGCGCGCAACGCGCUGGCAACGCGGCCGCGCGCCCUGGCGCUCGUCGUGUCGACGGAGUCCAUCGCGCCCAACUGGUACACCGGCACCGACAAGUCCAUGAUGCUGGCGAACUGCCUGUUCCGCUCCGGCGGCUCCGCCGUGCUGGUCACCAACGACCCGGCGCUCCGCGGCCGCGCCAAGAUGGAGCUCAGCUGCCUCGUGCGCGCCAACAUCGCCGCCAACGACGACGCCCACGCCUGCGCGAUCCAGCGCGAGGACGCCGACGGCAGCGUCGGGAUCAGCCUCAGCAAGGCCCUCCCCAAGGCCGCCGUCCGCGCCUUCGCCGUCAACCUCCGCCGCCUCGCGCCGCGCGUCCUCCCCGUCACCGAGCUCGCCCGCUUCUCCGCGCAGCUCAUCCGCAAGAGGCUCCUCCCCCACGCCGCCGCCGCUACAACCACCACCAAGAACGACGGCCCCAAGAUCAACUUCAGAACGGGCGUGGACCACUUCUGCCUCCACCCCGGCGGCACCGCCGUGAUCGAGGCCGUGAAGCGCAGCCUCGGCCUCGACGACGACGACGUGGAGCCGGCGAGGAUGACGCUGCACCGGUGGGGGAACACGUCGGCGAGCAGCCUCUGGUACGUGCUCUCGUACAUGGAGGCGAAGGGGAGGCUGAAGCGAGGCGACAAGGUGCUCAUGGUGACCUUCGGGUCCGGGUUCAAGUGCAACAGCUGCGUGUGGGAGGUCACCGGCGACAUGGCCGACAAGGGAGUGUGGGCCGACUGCAUCGACGCCUACCCGCCGGAGAACAUGGCCAACCCUUACUUGGAGAAGUAUUCAUGGAUCAACGACGUCGAUGGAGACAGCCUCAUCCUCUAGUAAACUCAACCACAUUAAUAAUUAUAUAUACACAAACAUUUCCAGCCAUAUCAAUCUAUAUUAACCAACAAAGCAUAAACUUAAUUAAUUACAUGUAUGCAUGGAGAUAUAAUAUACUAUUGCAUAUCAUCACAGAUUCACAGUAUUGUUCAUAAUUAAUAAAUAAAUUGAAAUUGAGCCAUGUUAUCUUUCUAUGCUCUGCGCUGUAUAUAGCCAGCUAGCUCAUCUCUGAAACUGAAACUGAAAGAUCUAUGUACGUACGUACAUAUAUAUACGUACGUAUUAGUGUGUGUGUGUGAGAAACAAUAUUAUUAACUGUGUCAAUGUUUGUGCCGUCAUGCUUGUGUCGCGAUGCAUGCUUGUGACUAAGUUAAAUGUAGGUGUUUCUAUCAUUUCCUGUUAGGAAGUACUGUCUGAUUUCCUGUUAGGAAAAACUGUAUGUAUAUCAUUUUUGGCUGCAUGCACUUUGGUGCAAAACGCCGGAUGAUUUUAUUUUAUGAAUGAAACUUGUAUU